AUUUAAUAAAUGCGUUUUGUUUUCGAGGGUUAAGAUUUUCCACGAUAGCACACGACACGACAGGCGUCGCAUCAGUGUUUGCUGAACUUUCAGCUAGGGCACAUCUUUUUCCUCUGCCGUUCAGUGUUGAUUGUUAUUUUUUUUUGUUGUUUGAAACCAUGCAAUGAAUCCGCGGUUUUCGUUUUCAUUAGUUGCUUGCUAAAGCGUGACCCACGCUGAAGUGUGGCAAUCAAUUUAUUCAUAAGCAGCUUAAUAAGUCGUAGUUGACCCCCGCAAGCAGGCUCAAGUGUGCAAAGAAGAAGCCCCAACGAUGUCGAUUUGUCGUUCAGUUUUCUGGGCGUUUGUCCUAGUUCAGCUAAACCGGGCGGCACUAAUUGUCCGAGGUUAUCGGUUUUACGACCAGAAUACAUACGACAGUUUUCCUAAACUUUACGAUUACGACGAUUUUGAGGAGUGCCGGCGAAUCUAUCGCGAGCAGUACAUCUAUUGCGUCGUUCGAGCCCGAAUCAGCCCAGAUGAAGAGUCACUCUUGUGGAAGAAUUUAAGCCGGUUUUCCGAGGACCAGUUCCGCUAUGACCGCCGAGUCCACGAGCGUGGCCUUUGUGUGCAGGACUGUGAACGCACGUCGCGCACUGCAGAGCUUUCCAAAGCCAACCAAGAAGGUUACACGUAUGCUGACCUGUUCAAAUCAUGCAUCAACUUGAAGCUGCAAAAGAACCACAACCUCCAAAUCGAUUCGGAUGUCGAAAUUUUCCACUGUUACAGCAAAGUGAAUGAAAACCCUCCGCUUGACUACACGGAGAUUCUAUUCAUCACCACCGUCGGUCUUAUCCUCGUACUAGUAUUCUUCUCGACUUGGAUAGACCUGAAGCUGCAGACGCGCCAACGAUUCCCGGAGCAAUACUUCUCGAAGCGUCACGGUACAAGCCGCGAGCGUUUGCUGACUUCGUUCUCGUUGCCACGCAGCAUUCGCCGCCUGAAAGAUCCGGUCAGUAGUCCGAUCCGCCGAGAGCUGAACUUUCUCGAAGGAUUCCGAUUCAUUCAGAUGCAUCGCGUUAUCGUACUGCACAUCAUUCUCGGCCUGGUUAAGGUACCGAAGGUUAACCCGGAAGCACUGGAGCAGAAGCUGUACGCACCGAUUAUGGUUCACUACGUGGCCGAGUUUCAAAAUUAUAUACAGACCUUUCUGUCCAUAUCCGGGAUGUUGGUGGUGGUGAACUUUCUGGAGCACACCCGGAAGAAUCCCGAGUUUAGGGCCGGUUAUUUCUGGGAUCGCUUGGUGGCGCGACUGGUCCGGAUUGUUCCAGCGUAUCUGUUUACGAUACUGCUGGAAGCAUCGAUAAGUCGCCGGUUUAUGGAUGGUCCCGUUGGGGAGCAUUUUGUGGGAGAUUCACGAGCCAAGUGUCGUCGGAUAUGGUGGGCGAAUGUGCUAUUUAUUAAUAACUAUUUGAGCACGGAUCAACCGUGUUUGAUCCAGUCCUGGUAUCUCGCAACGGAUCUCCAACUGUUCAUCUUCGCCAUGGCUGCUCUCAUGCUAAUCUGGCGGUGGCCGAUCCUCAAAAAAUACAUAUUCGGAGCUGCCUUCGCGUGGGGACUUGUUUUCACCACCAUCUACGUCUACCUUCGUUCCGUCCCACCGGUCAUGACUGAAGAUCUGAAGCUAAACACCCAGUACAACUUUGGCAAUCGCUACUUCCAGUUGUAUCAACCAUUCCACAUGAACAUUGCCAUCUACUUUGUCGGCAUGUUGGCCGGUUUCAUCUACCACCGUUAUCGGGAGGCACGAAAAGAAGUACUGCACUCUCCCCUGCUAAUGAUCGUAUUCCGAAUAUCGCUGGUGCUGUACUUCUUCACCAUCUUCAGUGAUAACUGGGUCGUUCGGCAUCAGGACACGCUUCAUCCCGUUCUGUCGGCCAUCUACGCCACACUGUUCAAGCAUUCCUGGGGAGUGCUGUGUACGGUGAUUCAGCUGCGAACGGCACUGCAACCACAGCGAUCGCGAUUUCGGAGUUUCUUCAGUCAUCCGAUUUUUGCGGUGUUGGGUAAACUGUGCUACAGUUUCUAUCUGAUCCAUUUCAUCGUGGUACUGCAGGUGGUCGGUUCGGUCAAGCAGCCGAUCUACUUCAGUGUUCGGACGGUGUUUGAGUACAUCAUGACCAUCCAGAUAUGGACGUUACUGUUUGGUGUUUUGCUCUGCGUACUAGUCGAGCUACCCUCGCACGUGGCUUUGACGGAAUUGUUAGAAAGUAAAAAGGAUAGUGAGCCAACUAAGCAUAGCGAUGAAUCGAUUGCGGUUGAGGAGUUACCUAAUGGAAAGCAGAAACCCAAACGUGAUGAGAAGUAGGACGCGUGAUAAAUGUCACACGGCAACGGGCAUUGUGAGAUUUAUUUUCAAAUAAAUUUGUUGUAAUCUCUCUCAUUAUAGUUUUAAGCCCGUGUCAAUAGAAUGUAUUCGUCUUGAUUCCUGUUUACAGCUAGAAGCGAAUAGUUGCGACAAUGAUCAACAGAAA